AUGGAUGCCUCCGCAACUUUGUGCGGCGCAGCUGAAGCGGAGAAGAGGUGGUAUGAGGUUCUGAAGGAGGAGGUGCUGGAGCUGCGCUGGAGGGUCCUCGUUGUGGCAUGCUUUCUUACCUUUGGCAGCUACUACAUCUUUGACUUCCCGGGCUCCAUAGGCACCGGCGAGGGCGCAACCAUCGAGCAACGUUUCAAGACUCACGGAAAGGAGUACACACAGAAAAUGAAUCAAUUGCUAUACAGCGUGUACUCGUGGCCCAACACCGUGCUGGCUGUAUUUGGGGGCGUUUUAAUUGACAAAUUUCUUGGUAUCCGCAAGGCGAUGCUCCUCUUCACCUUUUGUAUAUUGCUGGGGGCCUCGUUUUUUUGGUUGGGUGUAUAUUACGUUGUCUACCCACUUAUGCUGAUAGCGCGUGUCGUAUUUGGACUCGGAGGCGAGUCUCUCUCGGUGGCCCAGUCGGCCUACGUUGCACGGUGGUUCAAGCACUCUCGCGGCAUGGCGCUGGCCUUCGGCAUCACAAUCAGCUUUUCACGCGUCGGGUCGUCGUUUAACUUUCUCUUCUCGCCCAUGAUUGCCGAGGCCCGGGGCGUUGAAGUGGCCGCGCUGUUUGGCAUCCUUUCCUGCGUCGUCUCUUUUUGCGCCUGCAUUAUUUUGGUCUUUGCUGACGUACACGCUGUGCGCACAGGGUACAUCCGACAGGAGCCGCGGGAGGCGGGGAGUGGCGUCAUGAAGCUCACCGAUGCAGUGCGGCUGCCAUUUGCGUUCUGGGCCCUCACCAUCAUUUGCGUCUUCUGCUACUCCGCAAUUUUCCCUUUUAUUGGCCUCGGCGUAAACUUUUUUGAGGUCAAGUACGAAUAUACUACCCGAACGGCCUCGAACUAUAUCUCGGCGUACCAAUUCGCCUCAGCCGCUGGCUCGCCGUUGGUUGGGCUCGUUGUGGAUAAUGUGGGGCGAAACACCCUCUGGCUUAUCGCGGCGAGUGCCUCUUUUCUACUGAUUCACCUGCUGCUGCUCACGACCAUGAUUCCUGGCAUUGUAAUGAUGAUUAUUAUGGGGGUUUCCUACAGCGUCCUUGUUUCUGGGCUCUGGCCCUCGGUUCCGUGGGCGGUGGGCGAGAACGUUCUUGGCCUCUCCUACGGCGUCAUCAUGGCGGUGCAAAACGUUGGGUUGGCCCUCUUCCCCAUUAUUGUGGGGAGCAUCCUCGACAGGUACGUGCCAGACACCACCGGCAAGGGUGCUGCGGCGGAUUCCUCGUCUUCGCAGGCGAGCGCGGACGAUGUUCGCCCCCUCCCCACGCUGAAGGGGUAUCAGAUGGCUGAGAUGGUCUUUAUCGCCGCGGCGACCGUCUCGUUGCUUGCCAGCGUCGUCCUUCUCGUCUCGGACGUGCGCCACGGCGGCGCACUCACCGCCUCCAACACCCGCCGGAAGGAAAUGGCGGCGGAGAAGCGCGCCGCCCUCUUGGAGUCUCUCCCGGACGAAGAACGGGCCCUUAUGUUUGCGCAGCACGACAGCUAG